UGCGGUCCAGCGGGGCAGGACAGGUGCAGAGGGAAAUCCUCUGAGGUCUGUCCCUCGAAGGCAGCCAUGGACAGCUCCUACCAGGACUGGUGCGACAGUAAUCAAUACUGCUUGGAGAUUGGACCCACGGACUUGCUGGAGCGCAAGGGCUCCCUGACCCUCCGCUCCCACCACAAGAAAUACUCGAAGCCCGUGUUGGUGUAUUCCUGGCACCGUGACCGAGAAGCUUUUCCCAAAGAUUAUGAUAUAGAGGGUCCUGAGAAAAUAAAAAAACUAUGCAACUCAACAUACAGGAGACUUGGAGCCGAUGAACCCCCGAUUUGGAUAUCAGAAGCACAUGAACAGAUGUCACAAGUUUAUGUAAACAAAGAAUUGGCUGAAAUAAAGAGCAAAGCCUUAUUAAAUGAGGAAACAAUGAGCUCUGGGAUUAUUGAAAGGGACACUGGAUCACCUGCCAGAGGCUUUGGAGCUGUCUUUACUAGACAUCCACCGGAUUGGAACAAAAUGUUUACAUUGACAACAUACGCUGAAAGCUACCCUCCACGGUAUGAUUAUCAGCCACGUGUUUAUCUUUGUCAACAUGAUUAUUCCAUAGUCCACAGAAAAUGCCGUUCUCAAUUCGCAGAUCUCGAUGGUUCCAAAAGAUUUGGCAUCAACACUUGGCAUGAUGAGAGUGGGAUUUAUGCUAAUUCAGAUGUAAAACAAAAACUCUACCCCUUGACUGGUGGUCCUAUUGUCCCCUUUUAAAAAUAAUGUAUGGAAUCAGAUUCUCUGACUAAUGAAAGAAUAAUGGAUAUAACAAUUGAUGAUUUUCUAUCUUAAUAAAUGCAAUGUGUUACUAUA